AUGGAUAGAAUCCGCAGAAUGUUCACCGAUCAUGUAUCCUACGAGCCGCUGGACGACUCGCCGGAGGUAGAUGGAGGAGAAGCCGAAGUUGAUCAUGAUAGGGUGCAGGGGCGCUUUUCACGAUUGGAAUAUGGCGUCUUUUUCCUAUUGGGUAUAUCGAUGCUCUGGGCGUGGAACAUGUUCUUGGCCGCCGCAACUUAUUUUCACAGUCGAUUCGAGUCGGAUGAAUGGAUAGCAGGGCAUUACCAGCCGUCAAUCUUGACCGUCUCUACUCUCACCAAUCUCGGCACUGUCUGGGCUUUUGCCAAAAUUCAAAAGCGGCUUUCGUAUCCUGCACGGAUCACGAUCUCGUUGCUGGUGAACUGUGCCGUUUUUACGCUUCUCGCCUUCUCGACGGUUGUCCUCAAGAACAUUCCUGUGCGCGCAUACUUUGGCUUUUUGAUGGUGAUGGUGUUUGGAGCCAGCUUUGCCGCGGGACUGAACCAGAAUGGUGUGUUUGCCUACGUCGCAGGGUACGGCCGCGAGGAGUACACGGCCGCAAUCAUGAGUGGGCAAGGUGUUGCGGGCGUUCUGCCCUGUAUUGCGCAGAUCGUCUCUGUACUGGCGGUUCCCCGGUCGAAGGGGGAUGGACAAACUCAAGAUGGCGGUCAGGGAUCGUCCUCAAGAUCCGCCUUCAUCUACUUCUUCACCGCGACGGGCGUUUCGGUGCUCACGCUGAUUGCAUUCCUUUACCUACUUCGCCAUCGUCCGAGUCCCCGGAGAGUCACGACCGGAGAGGACGAAGAUGCGUCCUUGAUCGGCCAUGUCAAGGACAAGUCGGUGGGUCUGUGGACCCUGUUCAAGAAACUGCGAUCUCUGUCCAUCGCCGUGUUUUUGUGCCUCAUGAUCACGAUGAUGUUCUUCCCAGUGUACACCUCGCGAAUCGUAUCGGUCCACGAUUCCGAGAAGUCUCGGGUCUAUGACUCGAAUGUGUUCAUUCCCCUGGCGUUUUUGUUUUGGAACGUCGGCGAUCUCGCUGGGCGAGUGGCCGUUUCUUACCCGGGGCUCUCUCUGGCGCACCGUCCCAAGGUUGCUCUCACCUUGACCGUUGCUCGCGUGGUGUUUGUGCCCCUGUAUCUGCUUUGCAACAUCGAUGGCAGCGGAGCUGCUGUCCAGAGCGACGUGUUCUAUAUGGUCGUCGUGCAGCUUUUGUUUGGUGUGACGAAUGGUUACCUCGCGUCGAGUUGUAUGAUGGGGGCCAGUGUGUGGGUGUCCCCGGAUGAACGGGAAGCCGCGGGCGGGUUUAUGAGUAUGAUGCUUGUGGCUGGACUUGCUGCCGGGAGCUUCUUGAGCUUCUUGGUGGCCAGCUGA